UGACCGAGGCAGGCUCUGGGAAAGGGAAGCUCUACAAAAUGCCCUUUAAUUUGGAUGCCUUUUAGGAUGGUGCAAAUGUUGGUAACCUUGAUGAAGAUACUCGCCGCCCCAAGCAUCAGGCACCCUCUGUUUUAAUCUUUAGUCACAGCAGUAACUCCCACAGGGAUUUCUCUACAGGUGCCUUGGCAAUGGCUCCGCUUUAAGGAGACAAAGGAUUCUGCUCCUUGUUUUGCUGUUAUUCUUGGGACAUGUGGGAACAGCUUGAAGUUCAAACAGACCCCUCUCACUCAUGCCAAGAACCGGAACAUUAAGGAAUUUGCCUACACUGCUGACUGCGGGGUUGCACAGACCUGUGUUUGACAGUAGUAGAAGACCAAAGACUUCUUAAUCUGUGGCUGCAUUUAUCGCUCCAAUGCGCACAGGUUUGUGUUUUCGUAGAGUGCUGAUUUCCCCCCAUAAUCCCCUGCAAGGUAAAAAUUGCAGUUUGGUCUUGAUGGGGCUUGUCUGAAGUUUUUUUUUCCCCCAGCUCUGUCUCCGUCUCUCACAAGUCAAAGGUGAGGGAUUAUGCUUGCCUUUGGGAUGUGGCCUCGAGGUGAAAGACUCCAAGAGCAACUGUGUUAGAGAGAGUGCUUAAGUUGCAGAGAACAAGCUUGUGGAGGAGCGUCCAUGAUGUGAUUUUUAAAGGCUGGAUCACGUCUCUUCUCCAAGCCCAAGUUGGUAAAACUCUAUACGAAGUUGGUGCUUUUCAGAAUGGGACUUCAGGAGGAGGUACGGACUUUGACACCUUCAGGAGGGGCUGAGAGGAGAGGAGAGGCUGAGCUUGGAGUUGAAAAGAAAAAUGUAGGAGAGGAGGAGGAGGACAACGAAAGACAAGAGGCGGAUCAGAGGGAGGAACGUCGAGAAAGCCUGGGGCAGAGGAGGAGUUCAGUUGGAAAGCCCAACCCAUGGUUUUACCUGAGCAGCACAGGGAAUGGGGGGUGGAGGAAAGGGGAAGUACUAGGAAUGAGGACGGACCGGUUACCACCUUUGCUCCAGGACAGCUGUGUGCAACAAGCGGCUGCGGAAGACUUCAACUUGGCUGUGGAAGACAAAGCAUGGAUCGAAGAACUCCGUGCUGAUGUUUGCCACAUUCCCAUUAAGGAACUAAAUUGUAAUGUUUUUUUUGUGGAAAAUGCAACAGAACCUCAUGUGGUGGUCUUGCGAAGGCCUGCACAUGGGCUUCGGCUCCUGGGCAGCAGAAGAGCGCUGAGCAUGUUCGUCUUCCCGGACGACAACAGGAGACACCAAACCACAGCAACUGACCACCAAGACAGCUCUACAAGACCUCGCAGUGAUUGUAUGUUGGCAGCUACCAACUCAAACAACGAUCUUCUGCCUACCUCGACCCCAAGUAAGCAAGGUUGUCCGGAUGUGGUCCAGCAGUGUAGGUCAAGACAUGCAGAGCUUCAUGCGAUAGACAGUCUAAAACCUGACAUGCCGCCUUCUGUUAACCUGUUUCCUCAUCCACUAGAAGAACCACCAAUACAUCGGACUUUGAAAAGCAAGAACAAACCACGGCCUGUUAGCAUGACUGUUCUUGAGCUCAGUAAAGAGCGUAGUGGAUCCCGGGAUGAGUUUGCAAGCCACGCUUCCACUGGCACCGGUAGUUUGCCUCGUCCAGGCUUCCGAUGGAGAUGGUUUGGUCGACAGUCAACUGGAAAGGAAGUGGUGGUGAAACAAACAAAGCUAAAGGAACCCAACAAGACUGAAGAACCAAAGACAACAUUUGGAUCACUCCGGAGGAGCUUGAGUCUAAGGAUGAGGCGGAAUCGGAAUCAACCCGAGCAGGAGAACCGAACUGAACGGAGACGCACUUCAAGUAUCGGAGAACAAUCUAUGCAAACCACUCGCCCAUUUUCCUACCUCACCGGCAGGAUGUUAACGCCAGCUCGAGAGCAAGAUGAGGAUCAAGGGGCCACGCAGUACAUACAGUACCAAACUCGGGGCAAGGUGGCAGUCUUGGAGGUCCCUCUCUGUCCUGCCAAACUAACAAAGCCCACCAAACAAUUGCAACCAGAGACUAGUUUUUGGCAGCUAAUAGCUAGUCGUUUUAAGAGGAAAGACCCGUUGUCCAGCAACAAAUCUGAGCUGUGCACUGAAAGCCAAGCAGUUGGCAGCCACCCUGCUGUGAGAAAUAAAAAGACAGAUUCUGUUGCUAUAGAGACUCUAGCUGGCAUUGGUUUGCGCAAAGGUCAAGAUUCCUUCGUUAACAGUCAGGAAUGGACAUUGAGUCGAUCCGUACCAGAGCUCAAAGUGGGCAUUGUGGGAAACCUGUCCAGUGGGAAGUCGGCGUUAGUUCAUCGGUAUCUGACAGGAACAUAUGUCCAGGAGGAGUCGCCCGAGGGAGGGAGGUUUAAAAAGGAGAUUGUGGUGGAUGGACAGAGUUAUCUCUUGCUGAUCAGGGAUGAAGGCGGCCCGCCAGAACUGCAGUUUGCUGCCUGGGUGGACGCGGUGGUGUUCGUCUUCAGCUUGGAGGAUGAGAUCAGCUUCCAGACAGUUUAUAACUACUUCCUGCGUCUUUCCAGCUACAGGAACACGGCAGAGGUUCCCAUGGUGCUGGUGGGGACGCAGGAUGCCAUCAGUGCUGCCAACCCGAGAGUGAUAGAUGACGCCCGGGCUCGAAAACUGUCCAACGACCUGAAACGCUCCACGUAUUACGAAACCUGCUCCACCUAUGGUCUUAACGUCGAGAGAGUCUUUCAAGAUGUUGCUCAGAAAGUGGUGGCGCUGAGGAAAAAACAGCAGCUUUCGAUUGGUCCGUGUAAAUCUCUGCCCAACUCACCCAGCCACUCGUCAGUUCCGUCCGCGUCCAUCCCCUCUGUACACAUCAAUCAGGCUGCUAAUGGAGGAGGCGCGUUCAGCGAUUACUCCUCCUCCGUUCCCUCCACCCCCAGCAUAAGCCAGAGGGAGAUGCGCAUCGAGACGGUGGCCGCCUCCAACACUCCCACGCCCAUCCGCAAGCAGUCCAAACGGCGCUCCAACAUCUUCACAUCACGGAAAGCCAGUGAUCAGACAAAGAGCAUUGAGAGUAAAACUGACAGUAUAGGGAGUGGAAGGGCCAUACCCAUCAAACAGGGGAUUUUAUUAAAAAGAAGUGGGAAGUCCCUUAAUAAGGAGUGGAAGAAGAAAUACGUCACUUUGUGUGACAAUGGUCUGCUCACGUACCACCCCAGUUUACAUGACUACAUGCAGAAUGUCCACGGUAAAGAAAUCGAUUUGCUGCGGACGACGGUGAAGGUGCCUGGGAAGAGGCCGCCCAGAGCGGUGGCGACGGUCGCCCCUACAGCCAGCCCCAAAACCAACGGACUGACCAAAGACCGCAGCACUUUACAACUCGGCAUCGGGGCCACAAGCACUCCUCACUCUAACAGCAGCAGUUCCCUGCAGUCCGGGGGCUCGGCGGCUGGCGUGGCUUUGGGAACUAGUAAAGAGGGGAUGCACCAGCGCUCGUUCUCUGUGUCCAGCGCAGAACAGUGGAGUGAGGCUGUUAUCAGCACCACGGCAGCCAAUGGGAUGUCAGAUCCUCUCAGCUCCGCCCCUGGCAUGAGCAGCGCCACCAGUCCCAAACUUGAGCCUCCACCAUCACCUCAUGCCAACCGCAAGAAACACAGACGGAAAAAAAGCACAGGCAUCACCAAACCGGACGGCCUUUCUGCAGGGAAUGAAGAGCAAGAGGAAUCCUUUGAGUUCAUCAUUGUGUCCCUGACGGGUCAAAUGUGGCAUUUUGAGGCAUCCACGUAUGAGGAAAGAGAACUGUGGGUUCAGGCCAUUGAGAGCCAGAUAUUUGCCAGUCUACAGUCCUGUGAGAGUAGCAAGAACAAGUCUCGAUUAGGAAGCCAGAGUGAUGCAGUGACCAUCCAGUCCAUCAGGAAUGUGAGGGGAAACAGCUUCUGUGCAGACUGUGACGCCCCCAAUCCGGACUGGGCCAGUCUGAACCUCGGCGCUCUGAUCUGUAUCGAGUGCUCCGGGAUGCACAGGAACCUGGGCACCCAUCUGUCCCGUGUACGGUCUCUGGACCUGGACGACUGGCCUGUGGAGCUCAGCAUGGUGAUGACGGCCAUCGGGAACGCCAUGGCCAACAGCGUAUGGGAGGGCUGUGUGGAGGGAUACACCAAACCCGGGGUGGACAGCACCAGGGAAGAGAAGGAGCGUUGGAUCCGGGCGAAGUACGAGCAGAAGUUGUUCCUGGUGGGGCUUCCUCAGUCAGACGUGCCGCUGGGACAGCAGCUCCUGCGGGCCGUGGUGGAGGACGACCUGAGGCUGGUGGUUCUCCUGCUGGCCCACGGCACCAAAGAAGAGGUCAACGAGACGUACGGCGACGGAGAUGGACGUACCGCACUGCACCUGUCCUGCGCCAUGGCUAACGUUGUCAUCACACAGCUGCUCAUCUGGUACGGCGUGGACGUGAAGAGUCGCGAUGCCCGUGCUCAGACACCCCUGUCCUACGCCCAGCGAGCAGGAAGUCAGGAGUGCGUUGACAUCCUCAUCCAACACGGCUGCCCCGAAGGCACGGCCACCCGACACAAUCCCAACAUCAACAACAACGCUCAAUGCGAGCUGAACCGUAGUGUUAGCAUCAUGUGAUCGUGGCCCGCAGUGUCUCUAGUGUUUCUUCUCAAAGAUGUUGAUGUUCCCAUAGAUGCUGCUCUCGUUAAAUGGCAUCAUUUCCCUCCGCAGUACAGUACGUCUUUAUUAGGAAACUGUGCAUAGUGCCACAUGUGUCACGUAAGCCCAUUACCCUCAUGACGACGUCCUGUGAACAAUGUUAGCGUGCAGCGAGAAUUAGCAGUGUUAACAUUAUCAAUGCGUGUUGUUUUUAAGCUGAAGAAAAUCACGUUUUUAAGGAUCCUUUCUUGUGUGUGUAUAGAACAAAAAAUGAAAUGAUGGGCAACAGGUUCUAAACAAAAUAAGUUUUGUUUUUUAGAUGCAUCGAUUUAGAAAUAAUCUGACGACAAUAAUGGAUCCUCUGCUUUGUGCCCACACGUUUUUGUCCACCAGAACAUUAAAUUAUGUUAUUUACUGUCCUUCAUGUCAUUAUAAACUUUCUUUCUUCUGCUGAAUACACACACACAAAAAAAGAAAGAUUUUUAGAAGAAUGUUGGUAACUAAAGAGUUUUGGUUACCAUUGACUUCCAUUGUAUUUUUUGUCAAUAUAAUGGAAUUCAGAGGGAACCGAAACAUUCUGCAAAAUACAUUCUUUUAUGCUCCACAGAACAAAUAAAGUCAUAUAGGUUUAGAAUGACAUGAGGUGGAGUAAAUAAUGAUAGAAAUUUCAUUUUUGUGUGAACUAUCCCAUUAAAUCAGUGAUUUUGGUGAAACCUGUCUAGAACAUGUCUGCGUACUUCACCCUAAAAUCAAAAGAACAAAUAUUUACUACUUUAAGGUUUAAUUGAGUGUAAAAUAUUUACAUUUUUGAAUCACUACAAAAUACUGUUUUACAAUAAAAAGAAUAAUAUUGGCAGAAAUAAACAGUAAAAUACAAAUUUAAAUAUAUCCAGAUGCAUUUCAAUAAUGAAAAUUUUGGUGGAAAAAAUAUGAGGGGCGGGGAACUCACAAUGCAAAAAAUCUCGAUGGUCCUUAAUUUUUUUAUUCUAAAUAUAUUUUCUCAUUUUUUAAUUUUACUUUUACUGGGUGACCUGGACAUGUUUUUGUGAGUUUCACACAAAGCUCCAUAAAUGCUUCAUUAAAUUCAACUUAAUCAUGUGAUUUUUUUUUUUCUUUUUCAGAUUAAUGCUAAAAAAAUCAACAUUUAAGUGCAUUUUUCACGCAAACUUCACACUUUUAAUAGUUAAAUACCACCAUUGUGCCCUUGAACGAAGCUCAAAAACACUAAGGCUGCUGGGUAACGCAUUACCAUUUGUAGCAUCAGUGCAAUAUAACAAAACCCAAAUCAUAACACUCAUUGCUAUUUUACAUUUAGCCUCUACGUGAUUGUCUUGAAAAGGCCUGAUUACCUGACGAAUACUGUGUUAUUACGGAUGCCUUGUGCGAAUCAUUUCUGGACCGCUCUGGUCUUCUAACUGUUUGACACUGACGUCCCUCUCCUGCCUAAUGACAGAUCCAUUCAGUAGCAGCGGACGGUACCGACACACUAGAUUACGAAAUAAGACGCUCUCGCCGUCAACUCCUUUGUUACGAGUCUAAUGACCUCCACACUUGUGACGGUGUGGCUGUUUUUGUAUCCAUUAGAAUCCUGGCGUGUGUUUCUAACUGAAUGGGACGGAUGGGAUGGUGAUGUGGAUUAUGUACAGCUGUGUGUAUAAAAUAGCUUUUCCUGCUCCCUUUUGCAGCUAGCUGUGUGUCGUGUGGGCAAUUUUUGGAUGAGAUGGCCGUUAUGUACCCAUCUGAAACCUAUCAGCCUUAACCCUCGUUUGCUAGUGUGUAUGCCGUCAACUUUUACUUGAAAUAUGAAAUCAUGAUUAGAACUUAAUAUUUGGCACAUGUGAGUUAAAGGGAAAGCGAGAGGAAGAUGUCCUUACCUGACAGUAUUUUAAGUUUACAUGUUUUUAGGCGUUUUACCUUCUAGCAGGUACGUUUUCUUUCUUAUUCGAGUCAGAUUUGUACAUGCAACCCUCAUCCAAGUAAGCUUUAGGAGAAUUGCCAUUGAUUUUAAAUGCAACGGCUUUGAACAUCUUUUUAACCUGUUUUAAUUCUGGAGGAUCAUUCCCAAUGACAUGCAUGGAAAGUUACCCUCGUGAUAUUCAUAAAGUGAACAUGUAUCUUUUUUUUUUAAAUAUACAUUAAGUUAGGGCUCCUGUGUAUUACAUGAGGUUGCUGAGAUAAACUUUUGGGAAUAUGGCAGUUGAAAACGAUAUUAAACACUCGCCUGUCAUCCCUGCGACUGCCGGCUUGAAUGCUAGGAUGCACCCAUAAAACUCCUCAAGUAGCCGUAUAGCAGAGAGAAGAACCGUUUUUUUUUUUUUUUUUUUUGGGUACCUAGUUUUGGGUCUCAAUGUGUCCACAUUGUCUGGCCGUUGAGGUGCUUUGUGUAUUAUAUGUACAUUUGACAUAUUUAUAAAAGCAAGAUGUAAAUAAUUCCUUUUUGUUGUUGCUUUUAUUGAGCUGUUUGAUAACUUUGUUGUUCCUUUUAAUUUGCCAUUGUUUUUUAAUUGCUCCUUCUGAACGUGAUGGAGCGCUUUCAUGAGAGUUAGCUGUUGUGUGAUUGGAUGCUUGGCUGGCUAUUGACAUAAUAAACACUCCAAUAAAAUGAUUUAUACCAUGAA